AUGUCGUAUGUUCCAUGGAGCACGGGCUCUUCCGAGCCGUCGGAAGCCCAUCAGGAGCAAGACUCCGCCAUUUCCGAGGAAACCCCUCGCAACUCCCAAACAGCGGUGGGAUCCUAUCGACAGAAUGGUAAGAAUGCGGUUUAUGAGCUGUCGAUUCUAUUUUGAUGCUGUUUCAGUGAUAAAGGAUCGACUUACGACCCUUUUGGGUACCUUGUACUUGACCGACGAGAAGAAGGCACAAUCCUUGAAGGACGUGAUGGAUGUUGUGUCCAGUUUUGCUGAGGACUGUGUGGAGAUGUUCUCCACUUCUCUUGAGGUAUGUUACACUGCUUUGUUUUCUGUUUUUAGAAUGCCUUGAGGUCGGCGAGCUGCGCACGAACUUUUUUUGGAAUUGCGUGGAUUUUGAGCGUAUUUUAGCAAAAUUUAUGGCAAGAUGUAUUUGAAAAAGACGACUGAAGACUUUGAUUGUCAUUUAUUUCAUUUUUUGGACUAUUCAGCGUAUUUUACCCAGUUCCCGAGAGUUUUUUUCGAUUGGCAGGCUGCGCCCUAGAUUAUUUCGAGAAUUACCGCGUAUUUUACAGGGGAAGUACCCCAAGUGCGACGCUCAGAUUUUGAUGAAACUUGGCACAAAUUUAGAAUAAUUUUUUCUAAGAUAUAUGCGAGAAUCCUAGCUCGCGCUUUGCAGAAACAACCGAGAUUUUUAGAUCGAAAGUCGGCGAAAAUUUAGGACUUUUUGCCGAAUUUCGGCACGAAAAGUUUCGUGCCUAUUUCUACCGUAAAGGAUAAUGUUUCUACAAAAAAACAAAUUUUUCCGCACGAAACUGCCAAAGUUAUAGCCAAAAAGCGUUUUUUUCUCUGACCGCUCUCCACGUUUAGCGUGCUCUCUCGGCGGCAUAAAUCGUCCGAUAUCUCGGCGGCGCCUGCAAAGCGCGAGCUAAAACUUUCAGGAAUUGAUAUUUAGUCGAUUCCCGAUGUGUGUGCAAAAUUUAAAGAAAAUCCGAGCGUCGCACUUGGGGUACUUCCCUUGUUAGCCCGGAUUUUGAGGGUUUAUUAUUAUAAGAGGUCGACAUGUCUUAUUUGUGGUGUUUUCAGGAUGUCUUGCCAGAUGUCGGCUACAGUGACACCGAAUAUACUGAAGACGGAUGUAAAAUUCCGCAAGAACCCACUCUGAACGACAGUAUUGCGUCAAAAAAGGAGAAUGUAAGAUUUUUCAAUGAUGAUUUACAAGUCUAAGCGUUUUUUUUCAAUUUAUUUUUUGAAGAUUUUUUGGAGUUUGAAAAAUUUGAACCGAGAAAUUUGAGAUUUUUUGAUUGAAAUUUAAUCUUUUCAGAAGUUCCGCGAAGCCGUCACGACUCGUCUAAAAGUCGACGAAAUUCUCAGGCAGAAAUGCCGAAGAUUUGAGGGAUCGCCGAAGUGCAGAUCACGGGCUUCGUCUUUUCAUCAUUCUGGCCGCACCUCGCCAAAUUUUGACGUCCCGGAUGGCCAUAACUUGACGACUAAGCCUAAAGCUUCCUUUUCCUGCCCAGCAGCCGUGGAUUUUGACGAUAAAAAAGCCGGCAGCGACGAUAUUAAACAUUCCACAUCAGAUGAGAAGGUCAUGAAUAACAUGCCGAAUGCUCAGGAGUCCGAUGCAGCUGUCGAUUCAGGCCUUCAGAACCUGUCCUACACCUCAGAAGCGAGCAACACGUCCAUCAGCUCGGCGGAUAUCAUCAUGGGUUUGAGUGGUGUGAAGGGUAAUAUUGGAGACCUUCGCAAGGUGGAAGAAUCGCCUUCUGAAGCCAAAAAUGACGUCAGUUUGGAAGAGAAACACGUCGAAAUUGAAGAUCCGACCACUGAUGAUGUCGAGGAGCACGUGGUGAAUGAGGAUUCCAGGGAUUUGAAGAAUUUAGCGAUGGAAUCCGAAAAAUCUGAGGAGUUGAUUUCAAAAGCCGAAAUUUUUGAUGAUUCCGAGGAAAAAAAGGAGAAUCCUUAUGAUGUAAAGGUAGAAGAUGAUGCCCUCUGUCAUGUGCAAGCAGAACCCGACGUAAAUUUGCAUAAUCCCGAAGAAAAUUUGAAGAUUCUUCAAAAAGACCCCACCUGUGACGAGAACAAGGAGAAAAUCGUCGAUUACGCGGAGAUUACUGAUGAUAAUGAAAGUAAAAGUAGUCGGGAAGUUACGACAUACUCUGAGCAGAUCUUCAAAGACGAUAUCGGCUCCAUUUCCGCCAUGGGAGACAUGGAACGGCACGAUAUUACACAUGACGAGCUGCUCUGUUUGAUCUCGAUUCACAGCGACGCAAGAAGCGACAGCACUGUCUGCAAUGAGAGUGUAGAUCAGGAAGAGGAUUAUUUACCAUUCGGCAAAAUCAAUGAUGCGUUUUACCGCGAUGAAAUGUCCACAUUUUCCGAUAUGACGCUUGAUGAAGAAGACGUUCAGAACUUAACUCGCAGUGAGAAAAAGGAAAGAGGAGCGGAAGAUACGAAGGUUAUGGGGCCUAGUUUGGCUGGUGACAGCAAAACCCGGCGACAAUUCCGCUCGGAAUCACCUCAUUUCACCGAUGUUACAAUUGACCUUCAGAGGUCGAAUGCUUCGACUCCGGUCGUCGGGAAUGAGGUGAAAUCGUGCUACAAUGGUGGUAACAGCAAGACUACACGUCGUGUAAGCUUUAACGAGAAAGUUCGUGUCCGACAAAAGUCUGAUUUUGCCCCAGACAUAAGCCCCAAUAGCAAUUGGGCCUCGGGACCCUAUAACUUUACGGAUCAUGGAAGAAGCCGAAACCAAGGUUUGCAAGUGCUCUCUUGUUCACAUGAAUCUUCAGACAAUGAGACGUCGAAUACCGAAGGCCUCGAAGACGAAACGACCAAGUUUUACCGCUAUUUUGGGUUCCUGCGUGGUGCAGAACUCAAAGACACCCAAGUUCUAAUCAUGGUCGAUGGAACCGACUCCGAUCUGGACGAGGAACCGUAG